AUGGCCCCUCCUCUGGUUGGCCAGCACCCAACCGGCGUCCCAGAGGAGGGUAAAGAGGGGCCAAGCAGUACCACUGGCCCCUCGGGCUUCGGCCCAGAACCUACCCCAACCGACCAGGCCGACCACCUGCCGGCGGUUGAGGGCUCGAUGGCUUCGGUGGACCUCUUGGACUUCUCGAGUACAUCGAGAUUCGACAACAGCAGCCCCACUACGAGUGAAGAGAAAUCGACACUCCACGACGUCCCAUCGAUAAUGUCCCUUGAAGCCUUCGAUGAGGGAGCCUGUGAAGAACCAUUGGCGGAUCAAAACGCCCGUAUUAGAUGGCAAAGAGACUUCUGGAAGCAGCAGUGCCGCAUAAUUUGGGAGCGGCAGGCCACAUUGGAAAGAAAAGUUGAAUUCUACCAAGAAGCCCUGAAAGAGGCGGAAGUUGAGGCCAAGAAGGCCAAAGAAGCCGCCUCCGCCGCCAUCAAAAAGGCCGAAGAAGAAAGGGCACUGAAGGAAGAGGCAGAGAAAGAAGUCUCCGAAUUGCAAGCCCGCCAUCGGCAACACCUUCGGACAGCCGUCGCCGAUGACCGGCCACCAAGGGCCGAAAGAUCGAGAUCCAGAAGCCCGCUGAUGACGCUGAGGACAGCGUGGUCAAUAACGCCGACAACAGCAGAGAUUCUAAGGAUCGACGUCACCCAGCCCCCAGCGACCCAACACCCGCCGCCACCCGCAGAUCAGGGAUAUGAGGUCCAAGAACAAAAUCACGAGGCUCCUGGGCCUCUACGAAGAAUGCCAAAGUGCAAACGGCGAUGUUGCUACCAGCCCUCAGCCGAUCCUCAACGGCCUCGGCCCCCCCGAAGGUCGAGGGAACUUCAAGGACUUGGCCCAGUGCUUGAAGAAGAGGACAAUGGCCCAGAAGAACACCAACGUCCACGAAGGGAACGAAGACCUCCUUCACGGCUCAUCGUGGACAUGUCGAGCCGAUCGUAUCGGAGUUCACAGGAGCCCAGGUUACCUCGUAAGUCAAUUUUUUCGAUAUCUUCACCAUUUUUACCCAAAACGCCCUUCAAAAAUUAUCAAUUUCGCAUUUUUUCAAACGCUAUAUUUACUAUCGCAAUCCUAAUCAAUAACAUCAAGAUUUUUUCAGGUCGAAGGGCAGUAAAUCCCUAUUAA